CUUUUCCCUCCCCCGAACACUCUCUUUCUUUCUCAAUUUUUUCACUCUUUUGCCGACCAAAUGAAACCCCAGUAGAGUCCCAACUUUCUCAUUCUCCGACGCGCUUUCUCUUUCUCCCUCUCUCUCUUCCUCUCUCCCUCUCUCUACAAAUGCAGGACAUAUUUGGAUCAGUUCGGCGAUCAUUGGUGUUUCGUACUCCGCCGGAUAAUGAAGAGUCGUCCACAUCGCCAAUCGGAGGAGUAGGAGGUCCAACUCUGGUGGAUAAGAUCAAUUCCUGCAUUCGCAAAUCCAGAGUCUUUUCCAAACCCUCUCCGCCGCCUCCUCCCCCGCCACAACCGGCGUCGAUCACCAUGGACAAUGCGCCUGCCAUCCGAUGGCGCAAGGGUGAGUUGAUUGGUUGCGGCGCCUUUGGACGCGUCUAUAUGGGCAUGAAUCUUGACUCCGGAGAACUUCUUGCUGUUAAACAGGUUUUGAUAGCAGCAAAUAGCGCUUCAAAGGAGAAAACGCAGACUCAUAUCAAGGAGCUCGAGGAAGAAGUGAAGCUUUUGAAAAAUCUUUCUCAUCCAAACAUUGUUAGAUAUCUUGGUACAGUGAGGGAGGAGGAAACUUUAAAUAUUCUGUUGGAAUUUGUCCCCGGUGGAUCAAUAUCAUCACUUUUGGGCAAAUUUGGGUCUUUCCCCGAGGCUGUUGUAAGAGCAUAUACACAUCAGUUGUUACUGGGAUUGGAGUAUCUUCAUAAAAAUGGUAUCAUGCACAGAGAUAUUAAGGGAGCAAAUAUUCUUGUCGAUAAUAAAGGAUGCAUAAAACUAGCAGAUUUUGGUGCAUCAAAACAGGUUGUUGAGCUGGCAACAAUUUCAGGUGCCAAGUCUAUGAAGGGUACUCCGUAUUGGAUGGCUCCUGAAGUCAUUCUCCAGACAGGUCAUAAUUUCUCUGCUGAUAUAUGGAGUGUGGGGUGUACUGUAAUUGAGAUGGCCACUGGAAAACCUCCAUGGAGUCAACAAUUCCAGGAGGUUGCUGCUCUUUUUCAUAUAGGCACUACAAAGUCUCAUCCUCCAAUCCCUGAGCAUCUUUCUUCUGAGGCAAAGGAUUUUCUGCUGAAAUGUUUGCAGAAGGAACCCAAUUCCAGGCCAGCUGCAUCUGAAUUGCUUCAGCAUCCCUUUGUGACUGGAGAAGAUAUGGAAUCACAUCGUCUUUCUUGUGCUCCUGUCAUGGAAAAUUUGGAAACACCUAUGCCAUCAUGUGCUAAAAACUUGGAGACCUUUAAAAUGUCAACUUGCUCAGACACAACUGAUAUCUGUAACAUGGGUACUCUGCACUGCUCAACUGGGUCUCCUGGAAAUUUAUUGGAUAGUAGGUGUAAUUGGAAAGGAAAUAGCAGUGAUGAUGACAUGUGUCAGAUUGAUGACAAGGAUGAUGUCACAAUGAGUGGAGUAAAACUCAAUUCUUUGAUUUCUGAUGACUUUAAGAGUUUUAACCCUGUAAGUGAGCCAUCUGAGGAAUGGGAAUGCAAAUUCAAUGGAACUUCAGAAGGAGAAUACAAAGGAUUAAAUUUGGAAACUGAGCAACAGAUUCCUUUGCCGACUAAAUGUGCUGAAACUCUUAGUGAUGUGGAUAAAGAUUUCUCAUUUCCUUGUGGACCAUCACUUUCUGAGGAUGAUGAUGAACUGACCGAAUCAAAAAUCGCAGCAUUCUUGGAUGAGAAGGCUCUCGAACUGAAGAAACUGCAAACACCCCUGUAUGAAGAGUUCUUUAACAGCUUGAAUGCAGUUGCCUCUCCCACUUACGUUGAAAGUACAUGCGAUGAAACUACUCCAAGGUACUUGAAAUUACCUCCAAAAAGCAGAUCACCCAGUCGUGGUCCUAUUGGUUCCCCAUCUGCCGCAGUUGAUUCUCUUAGUACUGGAAGCCCUGGGAGUAAUGGUAGGCCUGUAUCAAGUAUUUGUAAUGCAAGUGAUCAAACUUUGAAGAACACACCUUCACCUCCUCUCAAUAAUUUGAAAGGGCUUGCUGUUGAUGCACAGCAGGAGCCAAAUAGUCCGAGCAUGAGCUUUUUGGAGAGACAGAGGAAGUGGAAGGAAGAGCUUGAUCAGGAGCUUGAGAGAAAGCGAGAGAUGAUGCGUCAAGCAGGUGCAGGAGGGAAAACGUCAUCACCUAAAGAUCGAGCCUUAAAUAGGCAGAGAACAAGGUUUGCGUCUCCCGGAAGCUAAUGAUGUAUCCAAGAGUGUUUUUGCUGGCCUUUCGAGAGUUCUUCCUUUCGUAUAGUAGAAUCACUGAAGCUGCAAUAUCUGGUGAGAAAGAAUGGUAAAAAUAACACCAGCUGCAGUCAGUUUUUGAACUCCACAACGAAAACAGCAGUGCGACUCAUUCAAUUCAAUUCCUCAUUGCUCAUCUGACAAGUGGCUGAGCUACAUUGAAGUGUGAAAUCAUGAGAUAAUUUUUUUUUUUUUUCCCUUUGGGUGGUUUUGGUGAGGAAUACCUGUUUCUUGAGUUUGUAUCCAAGUGCAUAGAAUUUGUAAUAAUUUAUGUAGAAUAAUUUGUGAUUAGAGAAUACUAUGAAAUUUUAUGCCACUUUUUAGGUGUGGUUUGAUCAGAAUACAUCGGAGUCUUGUGAUUACAAAAUACAUUUUCUC